GUUGAGCUGCGAUUUCGAACGAAUCUGAAGAGUGAAGACUCGACCUGACCUGACCUGAUACCAUUCAAUCCGAGAAGAUGAAGAUUACUGUAAUGUCCGCGGACGAACAGUUCAUCACAUUAGACGUCGAUCCAGAUGAACUUGUAGAGAACGUGAAAGCGCUGCUUGAAGUGGAGAUGCGUGUUCCUCUCCAACAGCAGCAGUUGCUAUUCAAUGGAAAUGAGAUAAGGAAUUCUGAUCGACUAAGCGCCCUUGGUAUUAGAGAUGGAGAUUUAGUGAUGAUGGUCUCACGUGCUUCCUCAUCCAGUGCAUCUACCAAUGAUUUGAGCUUUAACCCAGAUGGAUCUGCUGUCAAUCCUGGAGCCUUCCAGCAGCAUGUUCGGCGUGAUUCUAAUAUGAUGACUCAAUUGCUUCAGACAGAUCCUGAAUUUGCGCAAUUAGUACUUGGAAAUGAUCUCAAUAGGCUUCAGGACCUGUUGCGUGAGCGUCAUCAUCAAAGGUCUGAAUUAAGGCGUAGGCAAGAAGAGGAGCUUGCACUUCUGUAUGCAGAUCCCUUUGAUGUGGAAUCACAGAAGAAAAUUGAAGCUGCCAUCCGCCAGAAAGGAAUUGAUGAGAACUGGGCAGCAGCACUGGAACACAACCCUGAAGCUUUUGCAAGAGUGGUAAUGUUGUAUGUAGACAUGGAAGUCAAUGGCGUGCCUUUGAAGGCAUUUGUUGAUAGUGGAGCGCAGUCAACAAUAAUAUCCAAAUCUUGUGCUGAGCGCUGUGGAUUGCUAAGACUUUUAGAUCAACGUUAUAAGGGCAUUGCUCAUGGGGUUGGCCAGUCGGAGAUACUGGGUCGGAUACAUGUCGCACCAAUCAAGAUUGGGAAUAUAUUUUAUCCUUGCUCCUUUAUGGUGUUGGAUGCUCCCAAUAUGGAAUUUCUUUUUGGGCUUGAUAUGCUCCGUAAACAUCAGUGCAUAAUUGAUUUGAAGGAGAAUGUCUUAAGAGUCGGUGGAGGCGAGGUUUCAGUUCCAUUCUUGCAAGAGAAGGACAUCCCAACGCAUUUUCUAGAUGAAGAGAGGUUAUCCAAGCAAGCUUCUGGUUCAGGAUCUGUUCCAGAAUCCUUGGGAACAAAAGAGAAGAACGAUAACUUGUCCACAGGAGGUCGGUCUGGAGCUACGCAUGGUGACACAACACAGGAUCCUAAUUUUGAAGCCAAAGUUUCCAAACUUGUUGAACUUGGAUUUGGAAGAGAUGCAGUAAUACAAGCUCUCAAGUUUUUUGAUGGUAAUGAAGAACAGGCAGCUGGUUAUCUUUUUGGAGGUUAAAGAUGGUGAUGUCCAUUUUUCAUUUUAAUUAUUUUUAAAUGUUUCUUGUGGAAAUAUUGUGAUUUAAUUACAAAUUCUCCAAAUGUCAGGAUUCCUUGCGAACUUGAAAGUAAUUCUUUGUAUCAAUCAGGAGUCCUGAAAAUUAAU